AUGUUUUCCUGGUUUCAACGAAAUAAUACACCAGCUGUUAAUAAAAGACAACGAUUACUUGGUUCAGCAGAAACUGCUUUAGUGCAUGCAUCGCAACAGCAUCAAGGAUACACUAAAGUUGGCGAAGUCUUACAUCUUCAAGGGCCGUAUAUUUCUGUAGAAACAUUAUCUGCAGCAAUAAGUCUCCUUCAACGCCGUCACCCUGUUCUAAGAAGCCGUCUUAAAAUUAACCCUGAAAAACCAGAUAGUUUCCUAUUGGAAGAAGAUGACACACUGAAACUUAACAUCCGAGUAAUACCACGAAAGCAUGCUGAUCAUCUAAUCUUCUGGCGCCAAGAAUGGCGGCAGCAAGAGAAAAAAAUAACGAACAUUGGUCAAGGGCUUGCUGAAUUUUGGCUUUUGCAGGAUCCUGAAGAUGACAAUGAUGACAACAGUCCACGAGAAAUAAUAAUUAUUUGCGAACACAGUGUCUGCGAUGGUAUCUCCUUGAGCUCUGUGGCAAAUGAACUUCUCAUAGCUUUAGCUGGUCAAAAUGACAAUAUGUUUGCUAAUUCAUUAGAUUGGCCAAUAACUAUGGAGGCGGCGAUUCAAAGGAGUCUCUCAAUAAUUGGCAGAGUGAUUGCACUCGGUAAAUUUAUCUUCACCGCUUUUUAUAUGCGUGUAAUCAAUGCCCAGAGUAUUGCAAGAAUACCAUUAGGCGAUGUCGACUUUCCAUUGACUGAUAUGUGCGACUUUUGUCAUACGGAAAGUUGUUAUGCGAUGUUGAAUAAGGAAGAAACGCAAAUGCUAGUAGAAAAAUGUCGUAGUAAAGGUGUAACCGUAACUUCUGCUGUUAGCAGUGCCAUUCUAUGUGCAGCUUCUACUUUAGUCAAAUCUGAAGAAGAUCAUCCAACUGCAUUACGUUUAUCUAUUGGAGCUGAUACUCGUAGACGAUGUGUGCCACCAGUUUCUAAUCAUGAUCUUAGUUAUCAUGUGUCAGGUAUCAUGCCAUUCAUAUUACCUCUAAGAGAUAUACCAACAACUUCCAGAGAUAUGUGGCAACUGGCAACUGUAAUUGGAGACUUUAUAAAGGCAUCAGUCGACGCUGGUCAAAUUCUUGCUCUUGGCUUAAUUAUGGGAAAGAUUUUCCAAAAAACUCUAGGUCCUCCCGAUUUCUCUGUACUUCCAACUAGCGCUAUUUCUAGCUGGGGUGUUUUACCAUUUUCUGAAGACUAUGGCAGAUGGAAGCUUGUAGAAAUGACUCCUUUCGUUAAUAUGAUUCUAGGAGCCAUGCCGUUUACUAUACUGCAAAAUGUGAAUGGAAUCUUAACAAUUAUGCAAAUUGGAGCUGAUCCUCUCGUGCCAAAAAGCAUUUUGGAAAGCUUGUGCAAUGGUACCAUGCAAAAAUUACACCAAAUGAUUGAAGCCUGA